AUGAAGAGUCAGAGAACUGCAUUUCUUCUUGGAUCAAUGACUGUGGGAAUUGUGCUGGUCCUGCUUGUGAUAGAUAUUGCUACGCCUAGCAAGAGCACACUGAAGCCAUCUGGCCUUGUUGCAAAGGGUAGGAUGUCUUUAUUCGGUGAAAAGACCACAUCAGGCAGAUUCAUGAGCCUUUCAAGCACCGACAAACUCGAAUUCAUCAAGGAAAGAGUGAAUGCUGUCAACAGAAAGCUCGACAGAACACUCGAUAUACUCAGAGAUAUUAGAUUCUCAAGAGACACUACUACUAUGCCGAUGAGUGCACAUGAAAGCCUUUCCAUGUAUUCUGGGAAUACAUCUGAAUAUCAUCCUUAUCACUCCAGUGGGUCAUAUCAUACAAAACCCGCAUCAUCGAAUCGAACGAACAAUUUCAAUGGAAACAGAGAAGAUGUAUUUGGGAUGUUUGAUAGGUCUGACAGAUAUGUCUCACACCCAAGCACUGAGCAGCACAAACGAGAAGAUGCAGUUCCAAAUGCAUUGAUCAAAGAAUUUGAAAGCAUUUCUACAAAUAUCAAACCUGAAAAUAAGAGUGGAGCACCGAGUGACGAGAAUUUCGAAAAACUUAUAGGAGAGCUGUUUGGUAGUAAUGCCACUGGAAUUGCAUCAGAUCCAAAACAAUCAGUAACUAGUGAUUCAAAUACUCCUGUUGAUCUGAGUAUUGCAACCAAAAAUGAUGAAACAGUAGAUACAGCAAAUGCAGCAGUAAAUGCAAAUAACUUGCAGGAGAUAGCUGUAAAUAAUGUUGGUAUUGCAGAUACAUCCAGUGCAAAUAAUACUAAGGUAGUUGAUGUAGUAGAAGAUAAGAAUGAGGCAAUAAUUAAAGAAUCAGGCAGUUCAAAGCCAACAGAUGAUACAGAUGCAAUAACAGUCAAUCCAAUCCAAUCUGUGGUAGAUGAUAUGAAGAACAGUGUUGAAGGCAGCAGUGUGGCAAUGAAUGCCGGCAUGUUUGGAAAUGAGUUAAAUAUGCUGCAACCUGUAUCUCCUUUGGGUGUUUUAACUAGCGUAGGAGUAUGA